UUAACUUCAAACACCACCAGAUACAUGGCCGCACGGUAGGCUGCAGCUGCACCAGCCCCCCUGUACUGCAUAGUGUCUCAGCGCUCCACAUGACAGCACAUCGCAUGAUGUCCUAUGUGCCGACCUCACCACGUCAAUCUUAUGCAGUGAACUUAUCUCCAAGAGGGCUGUCCAGACAGCCGAGUGACUGAUCCUGCAGUGCUGCUGACUGGUGAUCGGGAUGUCAGGUCCUGCUGGCUGCUACUGAUCACCGAGCCUCAGAUAGUGCUCCCAUAAAAGGCGAAGGUAAGGGCUAUCUCUCCUUUACACCGCUUCAGACACGGCUUUACAUCAGUGCACAGCAAGAGAUGGGCUGAGGAGACUGACGCAGAGCACAACUAUUUGGUGGCCGUUUUUGGCAGAAUGGAGAAGUUAUUCCUGUACGUUCUGGUUCUGUGCUGGAAGAUAAUUCCUUGCGCUUCCUGUGAGCUUUCUAAUAUUACCAUUGUGCUGGAAAAGGAGGAGUGCAGCACCUGCAUGCCAGUAAACGUAACAUGGUGCUCAGGAUACUGCCACACAAAGGAUCCAAAUAUGAUGUAUCCGCACAUAUCAGAGAAACAGGGAGUCUGUACAUACACAGAGGUUACCUACGAAACGGUUAAAAUCCCUGGAUGCGCUGAGAAUAUAAAUCCUUUCUACACUUAUCCGGUGGCGGUAGAUUGUCACUGCGGACGGUGUGAUUCUGAAACAACUGAUUGUACAGUCAGGGGCUUAGGACCUGCUUACUGUUCCCUCAGCCAAGACUGAAUAUUGAAGAUUAUAGGAUUAUAAUAAGACCUGUAAAAACCACAUUUGUAAAAAAAAAAACUCCAAAACAUAUACCUAAAGCGGUAUAAUAAUAAUAAUGCAUAGGUGGGCUGAUGUAUUAGUCACAUUUCUGCACAUUACAGGAAAAUAGAAGUCCCGGCAUGAAACUGCUCUUUGUAUUUUAAUUUGUAUUAAUAUAUCUUUAUAGUGUCAUUGUUUGGAUGAACGUUGUAACCAAAGAGAUUUAUCCAUCGAUUAUAUACUGCAUAUACAUUAUAUAAUACAUUAUAUAUGUUAUUACCAGGGGGUCAUAACUAGGGAUGAGCAAGCAGUGCUGUCGCACAGAGCACA